AUGGAACAGCCAUUUAGGAUCUAUAAUAAUCCAUUGUCUGAUGUUUUGGAUAAUAAUUAUGAAAAAAGGGAUAAAUGGAAAAAUAUAUUCUACAAUGAGAAUAAAAGCCAUUAUCAUAAUAGACAAUGCAAUAAUCAUAAUGAUGAAAGAAGAACUAGCAAUGGGGGAAAUACUGGUAACUGGAAUAAUAGAGAUAGGACUAGCAAUGUAAGUAAUAAUAGAGGUAAGAGUGGUAAUAAUGGAAAUUACGGCAACAAUGGAAAUAUAAACAACAAUAAUCAAAAUGGUGGUGGAGGCAAAAAUGGAAACAAUGGUCAUAAUGGAGGAAAUAGAAACUAUCAAACUAACAACUAUGGUGGCAGACCACCUAUGACCAUUGAAAGCAAGACUCACUAUGAGAUUCUAUCUCAUAAGCCUACCACCUUGCAUCAAGCAUUUAAGACAGCCACUACCAUUGAAAAUAACAGAAAAGUUGCUCAGAUAAUUGGCAAGAGAGAUGAUCCAAAAUUAUAUAAUCCUAGAGAAACAAAAAAGGAUGAGUUUAGCCAAAUAAUCGACAUGCUAAAAGAUAUGAAGAGUAAGCAAAAUCACAAUGAGAAGCUGCCCCCAUAUAGAAGCAACAAGCCAAUGAAUUACAAUAGGCCAAGAUUGCACGACAUGCCAUAUAACACAAACUGGAAAGAUGGUAAGCCAGUGAAUGCCAAUCUAAGCAAAGAAACUCCUGAUCCAUUGAAGAAAGUAAACAAUUUUGUGGAGGAAUAUCCUUGGUGUGAACUCUACAAUUUACCCCAUGUUCCAGAACAAUGUAUGAUUGAUCAAGGCUUUGUAGAAGAAAAGGAGUAUGAGGAUGAGUAUGAGCCCACAGUGAAUGUACUUUCAUCAAAUCCAAUUUGGGGUAGGGACAUAGGAUUCAUCUGA